AUGCGCCACGCAUCCUUGGAUCUAGCGCGUCCGUGUCUCUCCGCCGUUGCACUCCCCGGUCGGCCCUCGUCCCGCUUAUCAUCCCCACCGCCAUCCCCGCCCUCUCCGCAGCUCCACCGCGCAUCCGCCCGCUCGUCUCCUCCUCUCCCCACAGCGCUCCCGGCUUCCGCGCAUGCCGCGCCCAACAGCGGAGCGCGGGCUGAAGCGCAGAAGGGAUUGGGGAAGGUCACGGGGAGCGGAAGAGGCGGAUCGGAGCGGAGUUGGGUGCGGGGGAAGGGGUUAGAGGAUGACGGGAGCAGCGGUGCCGACAGUCCGGGCAGGCGCGGGGAAAGCGGCGGAAGUGAUGGGGCGCAUGGGGGACGAAACCUUGCGCAACGUGGGCGCGCCCAGGCUAACGGCGGGUUUGAUGGCGCGGGUGAUGCUAGCGACGCGGCGGCUAGGCGCGCAAUGGAGGGGAACGGGAGUCUAGCGCGUACCACUGGGUUUCGAGAACGUGCAGAUAGGACAAACGAGGCGAAUGGGGAAACUUUGGGCGCGGGCGGCAGUGGGAGCGCUGUGAGGGCGCGCAAGGAAUGGAAAGCGUACGAGGGGGUUGACAGGUCGCAACUGCGGAAGAGGAGGAAGGGGAAGCAAAUUGCGGAGGAGGCGGAGCGGGGAUGGGGCGUAGGCGAGGAGAGCGUGGAUCGUGUGGUGGAGCGCGUAAUGCGGCUGAAUUUCUGGGAUGACGUGGACGGCGUGCUGAACCGGUGGAGCGGGCGCAAGAACCGGAAGCUGUUCCUGCCGUUGAUUAAAGCCGUGUCGGCGCACGGGGACCUGCGCAUGGCGCUCAAGGUGUUCGGGUGGAUGAAGGCGCAGCGCUGCUACCGCGCGCAGCCGCCCUUCUACUCGCACCUCAUGCACCUCGCCGCGCGCUCGCGCAAGGUCAACCGCGCGCGGGAGCUGUUCCGCGAGAUGCUGGAGUGGCGGCGCCUCAAAAACGACCUAACCCCAUGUAUGCCCUCCUCUCCCCCCUCCUUUCCCACUUAUCUUUCCCCUCCCUCUCCCCCUCCCCCUCCUCUCCCCCCUCCUUUCCCACUUAUCUUUCCCCUCCCUCUCCCCCUCCCCCUCCUCUCCCCCCUCCUUUCCCACUUAUCUUUCCCCUCCCUCUCCCCCUCCCCCUCCUCUCCCCCCUCCUUUCCCACUUAUCUUUCCCCUCCCUCUCCCCCUUCCCCUCCUCUCCCCCUCCUUUCCCACUUAUCUUUCCCCUCCCUCUCCCCCUCCCCCUCCUCUCCCUCCCAACCCUCCUCUCUCUGCUCCUACGCGCCUUCCCACCCCUUCGCGCCCUGCGCGCGCGUGUGCAGCUGCAAGCCGGACGUACAUGUGUACAUUGCGCUCAUGUCCGCGCACGCACGCAUGGGCGACUGGCAGGCCGCAGUGCACACCUUCGAUUCCAUGCUGCGAGACAAGGUUCCCUUCCCCUCCAGUCCCUCCCGUUUCCCCCCAUCUGUCCGCCUCUCUCCAUCCAUUCUCCACCCCUCCAAUCCCCUUCCCUCCGUCAACCCCUCCCCUCCUCCCCCCCAGGUGCCCUUAAGUCACGAGGCCCACAACGAGCUGAUGAACGCGUGUGGCAGCACGGGGCAGUGGCUUCUCACACGCCUUUUGAGUCGACUCAAAAGUCACCUCAAAAGUCCCUUGAUCCCCUCCCCCUCCGCCCGUCCCCUCUCCCUUCUUCCCCCAACCCCCAAGGUUCCCCCGAGUCGAGAAGCCUACAACGCGCUGAUGAACGCGUGUGGCAGCACGGGGCAGUGGCAGCAGGCCCUUCUCAUGUUCGACCGCAUGCAGGCGGACGGAGUGGCCCCCGACAUCGUCUCGUACAACACGCUGCUCACCGCGCUCAAGAACGGCCAGCAGUUCCGCCACGCGCUCUCCUUCUUCCUCUUCUCUCGCCUGCUCCUACCUCGUUCCCCCCUUGCUCUUCCCCUCCUCCGCCCCUCACCCUCUCCUCCCUCCAUCUUCCUUCCCAUUCACCCUCCCUUCCAGGUCCCUCCCAGCAGGGAAGCCUACAACGCGUUGAUGAACGCGUGUGGCAGCACGGGGCAGUGGCAGCAGGCCCUUGUCAUGUUCGACCGCAUGCAGGCGGACGGAGUGGCCCCCGACAUCGUCUCGUACAACACGCUGCUCACCGCGCUCAAGAACGGCCAGCAGUUCCGCCACGCACUCUCCCUCUUCUCCCGCCUCCGUGCCGGCAGCUUCCCCGGCGCGCGCCCCGACCAGAUCUCGCACAACAUCGCCCUCUGCUGCCACGCGCGCCUGGGGGAAUUCGACGAGGUGCUGGGGAUGUUUGAGCGGAUGAAGGGCGGGGUGAGGAGCGGUGCAGUGUGGCGGCCGAAUCUGGUGACUUAUAACGUUGUGUUGCAUGCGCUGGCGGCGAGUGGACGGCACAGGGAGGCGCAAGCGCUGUUUGACAGCAUGCUGGCGGAGAGUGGCGGGGAGGGAGGCGGCGCAGGGGGGAAGGCAGGCGCAGGGGGAGGGGGACGCGCAGGGGGAGGGGGAGGGGGAGGACGAGGGGGAGGGGGAGGCGCGGCGACGGGAAUCCAGCCGAACCGAGUGACAUACAACACGCUGCUGGACGCGUACGCAGCGUGGGGCAUGCACAGGGAGGCCCGGGCCGUCUUCGACUCCAUGCGCAAGGCAGGCAUAGAGCCCGACGUGGUCUCGUACUCUUCCCUCAUUAAUGCGUACAGCAAGGCGGGGCGCCCGGAUGAUGGCGCCGCGGUGCUGGCGCUGAUGAGACGCCGGUUCUGCUCGCCCAAUGUGGUGACGUUCAAUGCGCUGAUUGACGCGUUUGGGAGGGUGGGGAGGCUGGAUGAGGCCCUAGCAGUUAAGGCUGAGAUGGAGGCUGCGGGGCUGGGUGUCGCGGGGAGAGUGGGCGGGGGAGUGGGGGCAGGGAACGGGGGUGCAGGAACGGGGAAUGGGGGAGUUGGGGUGGGUGGGGGGGUGAAGGGAGGGGUGAAUGAGGGAGUGAAUGGGGGCGCGGGGAUGGGGGUGAGUGUCGCCCCCACCGCCGUCACCUACUCGGCGCUCAUCGCCGCGUGUGGCCGCGCCAACCGCCCCGAGCAGGCCGCCCUCCUGGCCGCAGAAGCCGAAGCAGCGGGGGUGCAGCUCAACACGACGACGUACAACGCGCUUCUAUGGGUGGCGGCGAGAGCAGGGGAUGGCGCGCAGGUGGCGAGGAUUGCGGAGAGGAUGGUGACGGCGGGGGUGGAGUGGGACGAGAUCACUUUCAACGUGCUGGUGGACUAUACGGGGAAGGAGGGGCGGGUUGGGGACGCGGAGGGGCUGUUUGAGGAGAUGCAAAGAAGGGGUAUGAGUGCCACGGUGGAGGCUGCUUCGUCUCUCAUGGAUGCUUAUGCUAAGACGGGCAUGGUAGCAGUGGCGUACCUACCCGCUGUGGAGUGCAUGCCAUCGCUGGGAUGUUUUGUGCGCCCAAUUUCAUUACCGCUUACCCUCUUCUCUCGUUCGCGUCUCCCUGUUCUCCCUGCCCUAUCUGCCCUCCCGGCCCUCCCCGCGCUGUCUGUCUUCCCUGUGCAAGCACAGCUGGAAUGUGAUGUGCGCCCAACUUCAUUACCGCUUACCCUCUUGUCUCAAUCGCCUUUCCCUGCCUUCCAUGCCCACUCUGCGCCCUCUCUCCUCUCCGUGUGCGAGCAGGGCAUGCUAGCAGAGGCGUACGUGCUAUUAGAGCGCAUGGCAGCGCUGGGGUGCCCGCCCAACGUGGUCACCUUCACAUGCCUCAUCCAGACUGCUGGCAGGGCAGCGUCUGCUCUUGAGGCACAUGCUCUUUCGCGUUCAAUCCCUCCGACAUACCUCCUUCCUCCCUCUCCAAACCUUCCCCUCCCUCUCGUCCCCAUCUCCUCUUUCUCCCCCUUCUCCCCGUCUCGUCUUCCCACCCAUCCCCGUGCCGCCUGCAUUGAAAUCACUUUUGAGAAUUCUCAAAAACGUCUUCCCACCCAUCCCCAUGCCGCCUGCAUUGAAAUCACUUUUGAGAAUUCUCUAAAACGAGCGCCAGACGACGCGGAGGCGAUAUUCGAGCGGAUGAGAGCAGCGGGGGUGACACCAGAUGCAGUGGCGGUGGCGGCGCUGCUGCGUGCACUCAACUUGUGCGAGCGGCACGCUCGGUGCUUGCAGGUUGCUCGCAUGAUCACUGCUGAGGCACAGCGCACGCAGCAGCAGCGGCAGCAGCAGCAGCAGCAGCAGGAGGGGGAGGAGGAGGAGGAGGAGGCGGGGGAAGGAGGAGGGGGAGGGGGAGUGGCACCGUUGGGCAUGGAGGUAUUCACAGAAGUGGUGUACAACGAAAUGCUCGUUGCUUGCAACAGACUACGGAACGGAGCAGAGGCAUGGGCGCUAUACCAACAGAUGGCAGCACGACAAGCGCGAAUAGGGGCGAGCGGGGCAGUAGGGGCGGAUGGGAAAGGAGAGUCGGCGGGCAGUGGGGCAAUAGGGGCCUGGAGCAGCAGCGGUGGUGGUGUGAGCGGUGAUGGUAAGGGCAUCAGCAGGUCUGUCAGCAGUGGCAGUGGUAACAGCCGCAGCAGCAGCAGCAGCAGCAUAACUAGUGGCUGGAGCAGCGAUUCGGAUGGGUGGUGGGGGGAGAGAAUGGAGGAGUGGAGCGGGUUUAGAGGGGUGGAGGAGUGGGGGGAAGGGGGGCGGGAUGUUGCUAGUCGGGGCAGCAGCGGUGGGGGUGGAGAGGGAAGUAGCGGUGAGAUGAGUAGGAGUGAGAGUAGGGUUGAGGCGGAUAGGCUUGAAGUUAGGGCCGCAGGGGAGAUGGAAGAGAGGAAGAGGGGAGAAGUGGCAAGAUGGAGAGGGGAGGGGAGCAGGUUUGAAAGAGACUCGCGUGGUGAUGGGACAGGUGGGGCUACUAGGACAGCUGGGACAGAUGAAACUGCUGGUUAUGAUGUGCUGACCAAGGGAGGAGAAGGAAGAGCAGGGGGAGAAGAAGGAGGAGCAGCGGGAGGAACAGGAGGAGGCGGGGUAGGGGGCGUGGGGGAGGGGGGGACGCGUGUGCGGGUGGUGUCUAUGCGCACGUUGAACCUGGUUAUUGACACUCUGGCCCGAGCUGGCAUGACGGCUGAAGCAAUGCAGGCUGGCUGGCAUGACCGCCGUAGCAAUGCAGUGGCCUGGGAUGUGCUGCUCGUGCUUGACAUGAUGCCGCUGCCGCUGUCACCGUCGCUGGUGCCGUUCCUGCUUGUGCUGGUGCCGUUCCUGCUUGUGCUGGUGCCGUUCCUGCUUGUGCUGGUGCCGUUCCUGCUUGUGCUGGUGCCGUUCCUGAUUGUGCUGGUGCCGUUCCUGCUUGUGCUGGUGCCGUUCCUGCUUGUGCUGGUGCCGUUCCUGCUUGUGCUGGUGCCGUUCCUGCUUGUGCUGGUGCCGUUCCUGCUUGUGCUGGUGCCGUUCCUGCUUGUGCUGGUGCCGUUCCUGCUUGUGCUGGUGCCGUUCCUGCUUGUGCUGGUGCCGUUCCUGCUUGUGCUGGUGCCGUUCCUGCUUGUGCUGGUGCCGUUCCUGCUUGUGCUGGUGCCAUUCCUGCUUGUGCUGGUGCCGUUCCUGCUUGUGCUGGUGCCGUUCCUGCUUGUGCUGGUGCCGUUCCUGCUUGUGCUGGUGCCGUUCCUGCUUGUGCUGGUGCUGCAGAGCAUCCCCACAUGGGGUCUGCACCCCUCAGCGCAUUCAUACAACCUGGUGCUCAAGCCGCUCUCUGCUGCCUGGAAGGCGGGCACGUGCAUGCAGCUCCUAGACCACAUGCUGGCGUGUGGAGUGCCCCCCAACCUGCUCUCCUUCAACCUCGUGCUUGGCUCCCUGCUCUACCACACCACUCAAUCCCACGUCGCUCUACCCUCGCUCCACCCCUCCUCACCCUCCUCCUCUCCCACCACCCCCCGCAACCCCUCCGCUCCCUCUACCGCCUCUGCUCAAUCCGCCGCCUCCGACCUGCCCGCGCCCUCGCUGCGGGGUGAAUCGGCCGCGUCCCAGAGGCCAUCAACACACCCUUACGCUCUUUUUUUGAGCUCUGAUGUCCGUGAAAGCACCAACAGCACGCCCAGCACGAACAGCACGCGGACUGAAGCUGUUGACUUCCCUCACCCAGUUGAGCCGUCGCUGCAGCAAGCACGGUUGCAGACAGGGGACGGUGGUGAGGAGGGGCGGCUGGGUGGAGGGACGGGUGAGCGGGGGGAGGUUGGGACUGGGGAGGGUGUGCACAGCGAGUGGGAUGAGGAAGGGGGUUCGGAAGGGGAAGAUGUUUGGGAGGAGGAAGAGUGGGAGGAGGAAAAGCAGGAGGAGGAGGUGGAGGAGGUGCAGGAGGAGAAGGUGAAGAGGAGAGAGGGAGGGUGGAGGAGGGGGGUAGAGGUGUACGCAAAGAUGCUGGAUGCAGGGUGA